AUGCUUCGGGUACCACUAUUCUACCUCCUUCUAUUGUCCGUUCCAGUUUUCGGGUUUCUGGAAGAAUCGGAAGGUGUGAUUCCAGCAGAGAGAACGUGUAAUCCAGAAGAGGAACGAGCAGCGCAGAGUUGUAAAAAUGGUUUAACCGUCCUUUCGGCCACAUUCGAGUCCAUUCAAGGUCAACACGAGUCAUUCACGGCGAGCGAUCACAUUGGUAUCAAUCAAAAUUGCAAGACUUCGUUGACCUGCCUAAAAACCUAUGUUGGAUGUUCGUCAAUCACUCAAGAAGACGUGGAUUUGCUCACGAAAAAAUGUGGAUACAUGAAGUACUUGACUGGAGCCUUCUACGCGUGCUCCCAGAAACUUAUAGCUCGAAAAGAGAGCUCUCCAUGUGUUCUGAACUUCUUUGCUGGGGAUUUGGAAACCGAAGAAACCCGUUGUUCGGAAUGGACCUCCAACCGUGCUUGCUUGAAAUGGACCAUCCGAGACGCGUGUGGAAGAAGCUACUGGAAACAAUACAAACCAUACUGGCAUAUGAGAUCUGCACUGAUGAAUUGUGUUUGA